CACCGCAAACUGCAGGCUCCAAACUGUCAUGGCUGCCCCCAUGUGCGAAAAAAUUUCGUCUGUUUAAUUUUCGCCAAAAUUUGUAAAUUCCCGCGUUUGAAAAUACUGUAUUCAUUGCGGAAAAGUGGAAAAGAUUAUUUGUUAUUGAUUGGGGAGAAAAAUAACGCGAAGGACGCUGAAGAAGUCGGACUUUUGUUUGAAACUUCUUUAUUAAAUAAUAGCUAGGCGCACGCGUGUCUAGUGGGGGAGGGGGGCGAGCACUCUUUGGACAACAAGAUUUGAGGUUGGAUACCAAAAAGCAGGAAACAUGGCCACUUUGAUGGAGCGUCUCGAGCAGACAAACUUGUACUUUAAGCGGAUGACAGAUUUAAUCCCUCCGGAAAUCUACUUCGAAAACAAUGAGCUAAAAAGGAAACGCCAAAACAAGGAGAAAGGUGGUCCUCUGACUAAGUCUGCUCAGAGAGCUCUGCACAAGAAGAUGAGGCUGGAUCCAAACCAGUACAAGACUGUCACUGAGCUACAGGAAGACAUGGCAAAGGAGGAGGAACCAGACAGUGAUGAUGAACAAGUAAAAGCACCCUCCAAGAAGAACAAAGCACAACAGAACAGGUCUGAGAAAGAGGAGUUACGGCAGAGACUCCAGGCAAAGAUUCAGCAGAUGAAAUCCGUAAGGAAGGCGCCAAAACCACAAGACCUGGCAACUCAGCGGUCAAAGAGACAAGCCAAGAAAGAGAAGCAGAAGCAGAGAAAAAAGAUGGCGAACAAAACUGGGACUCAGACAAAAGGAAAGGUCUUUGAAGAAGGGACGGCUGCAAAGAAACCUGACGGCACUCCUGUGUUGAAUCAAGAAGGGAAGCUGGUCUUCAGCAAGUUUGACUUCACCAGUGAUGUUGGAGGUGGUAAGAAGAAGAGCAAAGAAUCUCCCAAGCACCACCUGAAGAAGUUGUUGGCAAAAGCUGAAGACAAGAAACAGAAGAUAAAAGAUCUCAAGCAUGAAGAUCUAGGAAAGGCACACGAGGUUGAACAAAAGUCCAAGUGGAAGUCGGCCCUACAGAAGGCUCAGGGAGUCAAACUGAAGGACGAUCCAGAGCUGCUGAAGAAGAGCAUCAAAAGAAAAGACCAGAUAAAGAAGAAGAGUAAGAAACAGUGGAAAGAGAGGAAGGACCAGGUUGAAGCCAACAUUAAGAAGAAGCAGGAUAAGAGAAGAGAAAACCUCAAGGCUCGGAAAGAACAGAAAGUUUCCAACAAAAUCAAAAAGGCCAAGAAGAAAGGAAGGGUCAUACCUGGAUUCUAGCAUUUUUUUGUAAAAGAUAAUAUUAUAACUGAAGGGAGAGUACAAUAAUUUUUGAUAUUCCUACUAUUCUUCUAACAACAUGCCUGAUGAUAGUUUGCUCUAAUUGGAAGUUAUUGUCAUAUCAGUUUCCCUUUGUUUUGGAUUAUUAUAAUCCAUAGUCUCUGUAUAAAUGACAUCUUAAAAAGUGAUUUUUAGCAGCUACAUGUUGGAUGUCAACUGUCAAGUACAAAAUAGAUAUUUUUCAAUGUGAACUACUGUUUAAGAUGCAAUUUUAGAUUCUGUUCUCUACAGAAAAUAAUGUUCAGGUCUUUCUUUCAAUUUUACACCCACAGGUAGAAAAUAUUGAAUUUCCAGUUAUUUGUUGCAAAUAUGACCAGUGCUUCCAUACCCAUUUGUAGAAGUUAUAAAUUUCCUGUCAUAAUAUAGGCA